CUCUUGAUGCGUUGAAUGGAUCCUGGCAGGGAUCGCCAAUUUUGUCACGUAGGAGACACAAGAAAUCACGAAAUUGACAGAUCACAGGCGAUCUCCUCGCGUCGUAGUUCGAACGUUUCACCAGUAAGGUCACUAAUGAAACUGUAUGGCUUUUCCAAUGGACCAGCAUCUCUUGCCUGUCGCCAAGCUUUAAAAGCUUUAAAUAUUCAAUAUGAAUUAAUCAACUUGGACUAUGGCAAGGGAGAACACCUGACAGACGAAUAUGCACAAUUAAAUCCACAAAAUGAGGCACCUGUGUUAGUCGACGACGAUGUUAUAAUGGGAGAAAGUGUUGCUAUUCUACAAUAUCUUGCCGACAAAUAUGACACAGUAGGAAAUCUAUACCCGAAGGAUAUAAAGAGUCGUGCAAGAGUUAAUCAUCGAUUGUGCUUUAGUUUGGCUACGUAUUACCAUCGUAUUUCUGAGUAUGUGAUAGGUCCUACAUACUUUAAUUAUAAAAGAUCAGUAUGGGGUCUGGAGAGAAUGAAAAUGGCAUUAGAAAGUUUUAAUACAUAUUUAGAACGUGAAAAUACAGUAUACGUUGCGAGUAAUACGCUGACCAUCGCCGAUUUCCACUUAUGUACUGCAACUAUGUGUCUAGAAGCGAUCAGGUUCAAAUUAAAUUCGUGGCCUCACGUAAAAAUAUGGUAUAAUAAUUUUAAAAAGAAAAAUCCGGAAUUAUGGGACAUCGCUGCACAAGGUAUGCGAGAACUUAGACAACAUCAGGAUACUCCACCUGAUUAUUCUCAUAUGUAUCAUCCGUUUCAUCCAACUAUCAAAACCAAUAAUAUGAUUAUUUUAUAA